GAAGAAUUGACAUUGGUCACAUCUAACUUAAGUCAACAAUUACAAAGAUGAAGUUGCUUGACCUUGAUACCAAAACAACUCGCCAGAGUCCGAAAUCUCAAAAAAGCAGGUGUGCCCUUUCUAUACCUGUGCGUAAUGUGAAGGAUGGAUCAACUCUCUAUGACUCUUUGCAUCACCAAGCAGUCAAGAAGCAGCCAUGUACUUCAAAAGUCUGUGAAGGUUCUCUCAUGACUCCCAAGGCUCUAAUGCCUUGUCCCAAAGACGCAUCUCUUGAGAUCCUAGCCCAGGCUAUAGACCUUAUCAACCAAUACUACAAGUCCCUCAAAAUUCCCAAAACAGAAGAACACAAGGCCAGAUUGGAGGAAGUUGAAAAUGAGAUUAAUACCACAGGAACAUAUCAGUUGACUUUGGAAGAACUACGGUUUGGUGCUCAACAUGCAUGGAGGAAUGCCCCAAGAUGCAUUGGCAGGAUUCAGUGGUCCAACUUACAGGUGUUUGAUGCCAGAAGGUGCAACACUACCAAGGACAUGUUCCAGUUUCUGUGUGAACACUUAAAGUUUGCCACAAAUGGAGGAAACAUAAGGUCUGCGAUCACAGUAUUCCCCCAGAGAGUGGAUGACCGGCGUGAUUUCCGGGUGUGGAACAGCCAGUUGGUUAAGUAUGCAGGUUAUGAGAUGCCUGAUGGCAGUAUCCAGGGAGACCCAUCCAGUGUGGAAUUCACUAAGAUCUGUAUGCAGCUUGGAUGGACACCACGCUAUGGGCUUUUUGAUGUGUUGCCACUGGUCCUGCAGGCCAAUGGGGAGGACCCGGAUUUUUAUGAAAUCCCACCUGACCUGAUCCUGGAGGUUUGCAUGGAACACCCUCAAUAUAAGUGGUUCCAAGACUUGGGACUGAAGUGGUAUGUUGUGCCAGCGGUGUCCAACAUGCUGAUGGAGAUUGGCGGACUUCAAUUCCCUGCCGCUCCAUUUAAUGGCUGGUACAUGGGUACAGAGAUUGGUGUCAGGGAUUUCUGUGACUAUCAGCGUUAUAACAUCUUGGAGGAAGUGGGUCGUAGGAUGGGCCUGGAGACAAAAAAGCUGUCCUCACUUUGGAAGGACCAGGCCCUGGUGGCCAUCAAUGUUGCAGUCAUAUACAGUUUUCAGAAGAAAAAAGUCACUAUCACAGACCACCACUCUGUAGCAGAGUCCUUCAUCAAACACAUGGAAACAGAGUUCCGGCUGCGUGGCGGCUGCCCUGCAGACUGGGUCUGGCUGGUUCCACCCAUGUCGGGCGCUCUCUCCCCCAUCUUCCACCAGGAGAUGGUCAACUACAUCCUCUCACCCUUCUUUUUCUACCAGCCUGAUCCUUGGACUACUCAUGUCUGGACUAAUGGGAAGAAAACCUCAAGCAACAAACAGAUCAGUUUCAAAUCACUUGCCAGGGCUGUGCUCUUCUCUUCAACUCUCAUGAGCAGAGUGCUGGCUAAAAGGGUGCGCUGCACUGUCAUUUAUGCCACUGAAACAGGCAAAUCACAGACUUUGGCCCAAAGACUGAACUCCAUGCUGAACUCUGCCUUCAACUCCAGGAUGCUUUGCAUGGAGGACUACAAUCUCAGUGACAUGGAACAGGAGAGCCUCCUGGUUGUGGUCACAAGUACCUUUGGCAAUGGAGACUCACCCCGAAAUGGAGAGAGUUUCAAGAAGCAGCUUUUCUCCUUGCAGUCUCUCGGGAACAAGUUAUGGUACUGUGUGUUUGGGCUGGGAUCUAAAAUGUACCCGCAAUUCUGUGCGUUUGCUCAUGCUGUGGAUGACAAGCUGGAAAAGUUGGGGGCAAAGCGGCUGACUCCCACAGGAGAGGGGGAUGAACUGAAUGGACAGGAGGAGGCCUUCUCUGCCUGGGCUCUCAACAUGCUAAAGGAUGCCUAUAAGGAGUUCAACAUCCAGAACCAGCUGAGCCAGCAGCUUCCUGAGGCAGAAAGAUUGUUUGAGGUCUGGGACCCUUUGAAAUAUCGUGUUGCACUGGAGAGCUGCACCCAGGACCGCAUCAGAGCACUUUCAUCCAUUCACUCUAAAACAAUAUUUCCCUUGAAAUUGAAGAGGAGACAAAAUCUGCAAAGCCAAAAUUCAAGUUUUUCCACCAUUCUGGUGGAGUUGGAGAAGGAGAAAAGUGAAGAUGUCUUGGAAUUCGCUCCAGGUGACCAUGUUGCGGUUUUUCCAGGAAAUCUCCCUCAACUGGUGGAUGGGAUCCUAAAGUUCCUUCCCCAUCCACCCCAAACUAACCAGUGCCUACGACUGGAAUACUGCUCAGACACUUUCCUAGAUGAUGAGAAAAACUGGCAUACUGUCAGACGUAUCCCAGCAUGCCCUUUGUCUCAGGCGCUCACCUACUUUCUGGAUGUGACCACGCCCCCCUCUCAGAAUCUUUUACACAAGCUCUCUCAGCUGACAAAACAGGAAGAACACCACCAGCGUCUGCUGACCUUAGCAAAGAACUCUCAGGAGUACAUAAAGUGGAAGACAUUCAGAGUUCCCACUUUCCUUGAGGUCCUGGAGGAGUUCCCUUCUUUGGAACCCAGCGCAGAAUUCCUACUCAGCCAGCUUCCCUUGCUCAAGCCCCGCCUCUACUCUAUCAGCUCCUCUCCACAGCUCCACCCCAAUGAGCUUCAUCUCACUUUGACGGUGGUCAACUAUCACACUCAAGAAGGACAGGGUCCUCUUCACCAUGGGGUGUGCAGCACAUGGUUGAAUACCAUUAAUGAAGGAGACCUGGUCCCAUGUUUCAUCAACAGCUCAAAUAGUUUCCACCUUCCAGCUGAGCCCAGUACUCCAGUCAUUCUAGUGGGGGCUGGCAGUGGCAUUGCACCCUUCCGAAGCUUCUGGCAGCAACGCCUAUAUGACAUGAAACAAACAGGGUUUUCUGGAGGUCCUAUGAGUCUUGUUUUUGGCUGCAAGAGCUCAGAGACAGAUGAGUUAUACAACGAAGAAACACUGGAGAUGAUACGUAAAGGUGUCUUGAAGAGUGUUACGUCCACAUACUCCUGUCAGCCGGGUUACCCAAAGUUAUAUGUCCAGGAUUUUCUGAGGGACAGCAUGGCAGAGGAGGUGCUAAGUGUGUUGUGUCAGAAGGAGGGUCACCUCUAUGUUUGUGGGGGUGUGAACAUGGCCCAAGGAGUUACUCUAGCAGUACAAGAGAUCCUGAGCAGCCAACUUGGCAUCACCCUCACCCAGGCAGGAGAAUAUCUGGCCAAACUCAAGAUUCAGAAGCGGUACCAUGAGGACAUUUUUGGAGCCCUGUUUAAGAAGUGAGGUGGUUGUGCUCUGGUGUCUACUGUUAUAAGAAUAAACCCAGUGGAUGAAUGUUGGCAAGAGAAAUAAAAUGUUUCUCUGCUAUGAUAUAGGUACCCCUCCCACAAGAGCAGUUCAGUAGUGCAUACUAGUCACGCAAUAAUGAAUACAUUCUUUCCUGCCUCUCUUUCUAAGCUAUUUCUGUUGAAGUUGUAAAUGAAAUGUUUCAUGAAAGUCUAUUAGUGUCUGUUACUUUUAACAUAGAAAUGUAUGAUUAUUUAUAAUAUGUAACACUCAAACGAAGUGUCAGGACUCUAUAAUUUACUGUACAUUAAAAUCUGAUUUACCCUGCAUAUAUUUUUAAUAAAAUAAAAUGUUGUACCAAACC